AGAGGAAGACUGCAGAAUUAGGGCUUGCAGGGAACUCGUUUUGAAGAAGAAGCAAGGAAGAAGGCAGAAAUUCGGGUCGAGAAAUGGAUUGCUCGAUGGGUUCAACGGGCACACUCGACUUGACGGCGCCGGAACCGCCGGUGGACCUGAGCGGCGGCGUGCACCUCCUCCCCUGCACCAUCAAGCACGACGGGCCCUGCGCCGUUUCUCACUACUUCAAGCCCAGAGCAACCGGGAUGGAGGCCGAUGGGUUGGCCGUGCAGGAGGCCUACUUCCGGGGGCGGAAGUUGCAAGGCGCCGCCGUUCCGCUUCCUCGCGGAUAUUCCGGUUUUGUCAUAGGAAAGAAGACUUCUGGUGAAACAAGUGGUUCAGAAAUCUCUGAAGGGGACCUGAACUAUUGGGAGAUGAAAGCAAAAUUUGGCAGUGUAACAUAUUGGAACCACGACUGUCUUCCAUCACAAGAUGAUGCGUUUUUGCGUUCUUUUCACUGGAUUGCUGUUGCAGAGGCGCUUCACAAGCCAGUGACAGCAGAAGAUUUAGCUACUUCUUCAGUCCGAGAGAAAACUCAAAUUUCUGAGAACUAGAACGUGAUCGUGGGCUCUUCUAUUCUUGGGUAGAGGUUGGACAUUUGGAGCGAUACUAAUCCAGGUCCUUCAUGCCUUCCUGCUUCCAUUGCCGAACUUAAUCAUGAUCCCUAAUGCCUUGUAUACUCGGUUGUUUGUCCUUAGUAAAUUACCCCAAAUUAUUACCUCCAUACUCGUAAGUUCGGCUUAGGUAGUUCUUUCUGUCCCCUGUUUUUCAUGCCUGGAGGCAUAUAAUCUAUUGAUGGUGGUCUCGAAAUCAUCAUAACAUAGUUUUGUAAAAAGGACAUUUGGAGUAAACGAAAAGCCUAGCAUGGAAGGUCGAUGAAAGCAUUCAAAAAGGUUCAUAUA